CCUCGUUGGAGGGUGAUUUCAUCAGGAACAGCAUUUCAAGACAAAGAGAAGGCACUUCCUAUUUGUUGUAUAUGUCAACGAAUCUUGUAUCGGUACAAGAUCAACAGAGAUGUCAGUAAGCGAAGAUAUGGAGAAUACAGACCUGCUUGGUCUAAUCUUCCCAGAUGAAGACCCGGGAUCCGGUGAUCUGUUCCUGACAGGGGGGAAUGACUUCCUGGAUGAUUUGCUUUUAGGGCAUAAUAUGCUGGAUGGAAUGGAUACAGAGGACUUUCUAAGCAGUCUUCUGGGUGAGGAAGAGGAUGGUCUGUCUGUCAACUGCUUGUCUCAGUCUCCUCAUGGCAGUGACAGCGGCAUCUCUGAGGAUACGACCCCCCAAAGUCCACAUGAUGGCAGUGAGACAGACACCAUCCCCAGUCCAGGCCUCGAACCCCUGCUUUAUUCCGAGUGUGUGAUGGAGAGCUACGAGGCCCAGGUGGUGCAAACAGACCACUGUUACACACUCCCACAGGACACAGACGCCCUGCUCAGUGUCCGCUCGGAGAAUCCCGAGUCCGAUGUCUUCAUAGAUGUUGAUGAUUUUAAUGUCAGUAUGGAUGAUGACUUCUCCCCUGAGCCACCCUGCUCACUUAACAUUGAAGACUCCACACAAAAUAGCAAACCAGACAACCAGUUCCAAUUCAAGGAGAUUGUUUUGACCGAUGAAGAGAAGAGACUUCUGGCAAAAGAAGGUGCAAGUAUUCCAAGUCAGAUGCCUCUUACAAAGGCCGAGGAACGGACCCUGAAGAGGGUGAGGAGAAAGAUCCGGAACAAGCAGUCUGCUCAGGAGAGUCGCAAAAAGAAGAAAGUUUACGUGGAUGGCCUAGAAAACAGGGUGGCGAUCUGCACUGCUCACAACCAGGAAUUACAAAAGAAAGUUCAGAUGCUGCAGAAACAAAACAUGUCCCUCAUUGAACAGCUAAGAAAAUUGCAGGCUAUGGUGAAAAUGUCCACAAUGAAAACCACCACGACUAGCACUUGUAUCAUGGUGUUCCUGCUUUCUUUUUGUCUGAUCAUUUUCCCCUCAGUCAAUCCUUUUGGCAGCAGCAAUCAGAAAGAUCUCUAUACAUCAUCUACAGGGAUGUCCCGAGCCCUGCGGUCUUAUCCAGCUAUCAUGAAAGAGGACAUUAUAUCCACCUCAGCUAAAGAAGUGCCGGAGCAGGAUGUCCUCCUAGUGGCCACCAUAGAGAAUAAGCAGGUGCUGCUGUCCGGUGGUCAGAACCACACACCUGACUACCAGCGGGUCGAGCAGUCUGACUCCGAGUCUGGUGUCAACAGCAACUCAUCCGCUGACUUCCCCACUGCUCCCCAGUCAGAUCUCAAAGCAGACGGCGCUCUCUCAGGGUCUCACAGGAACUCCGCAGCAUCUCCGGGGAUCUACGACGGGCAGAGCAAAACCAAGGAGAGCUGGAUGGAGCAGAAACCCACGUCAGUUAUAAUACAGCAGCACCGAUCGGAUGAAAUGUAGGAAAGCAUCUAAAACAAACCUUGCUUUGUUUUAGGUAAAAGAUUCAGUAUAGCCAUUUCUCUUAAUUGUAGCAUCACAGUCUGGCCAUUUUUUUCCUUUAUUUUUUAAUAUGGAUCUAUUGUCAUGCUAUAAUAGCACUUUUUAUGAAACCCAGCCAUUAUUGUUCAUUUUCUUCUGCACAAGUGAUGGUUAUACGUAUUGAACUCUGCAUUGCAUCCCAUUGAGUUUUAGUACAUUUAGGAAAUGUAUUUAUUUGUCUGUAUUACUUGAGACAUCAUAGGUGUUUGGGCAUCUAGUAAAAUUUUAUUUCCCUUUUUUAGUAAGGGAGCCACAUGCUUAAAGAGAUUCCAUUACUGAAAUAUCAGUCACAGUGACAUGGGAGUGUAUUUAGAAAAGGGAAAAGCUAAUUGUUUUGUAAAGGUCGUUUUCUGCUUGUGCAUUAUUUGUGGCUUAGAACCCCUUCCGUUAAACUGCUGUAAAUUUAGCUUUAAAUGUACCUUUUAGAGGGGGUAUAGUGUUGCACAUUCAUCAACACACACAAAAAAGUGUUUGUCUAUAUAUGUAUAUAUACAUAUAAAACAAAUGUCCUAAUCUACUGUGUCAGUGAAGCAUUUUUAUGUAAUUUUUGAUGUAGAUAUUUUGUUUCGUCUCUUUAAAGACUUAUUUUAUUGCAGUCUUUUUUAUUGAUUUCUUUCAAUCUUUGGUCAUAUGAUGCACUGAUGUGUCUACAAACUUGGAAUUGAACUCUUCAUGUCUUGAUCAUGUUAUUAUCGAUUAAAAAGGAUCAGUUUACUAUAAA